AUGACUGCCCAGCAGUGCUUUUUAUAUAUUGAGGACUUCCCACCUCAAAAGAUGAAAGUAGACGAUCUCAAAUAUACAAUUUAUAUCUUUUUGGCAUGCCCCUUUCCCUCUGUGGCCUCGGAACAUUUGAUUUGCCCAAGUGGCUAUAUACCCACCGAUUACCAAAUGCUCACAUCUGAUUCAACGAAUCAUGUAUUGUUUGAGAUUGCACAAAUGGAUUGA